AUGGUGCUUGAGCUUCAUGUAUGGGGCCCAGCCUUUGGGCUUUCUUCAAUAGAGCCUGAAUGCAUAGCCACAAUCGCCUAUUGUCAGCGUGUCAUCCCCAGAGGAGAAUGGUCACUGGUGGCCGAGCACAACCCUACGAUUGGCACCACAGAGAGCUUACCGAUACUCUUCGAUGACGAUGUCGCAACAGCCUCCGGCUUUGAGGACAUUGUCGCAUACCUUCGCAACCACCCUUCAGUCACCAAUGACCUUGAUGUCAACUUAUCAAAUCGACAGCAGACCGAUAGGACUGCCUUCAUCACAUUUCUACAAUCCACAGCAACCCCUCUGAUCGACCUGUCCCUCUACGUCUCUGCCGAAAACUACAAUUCUACAACCUCGUCUGCGUAUACUGCCAUCCUCCCAUGGUAUGCCAACUACACCGUCCCUCCGAAACGACGAGAUCUCGCUAGAGCUAGGACGGCGCACAUGGGAUUGAGUAGUCUAGAUGUGGAGACCACAGCCGAGGAGGGGUUUGCGCCAGGUCGAGGUACCGCUUCGUCCGAAUAUGAAGCCGCCAAGCGGGCAGCCGGCAUACCUACCGAAAACCAACCAAAUGCCAUGAGCAUAGGGCGUGGAAAGAGUCUUGGCGGCCUCUUAGGUGGUCAGGUGUACGCCGCACGAUUCAGACUUGAUGCUCUAUCAGGCGAACUCUUGGACCCAUUGUCAGAUCUACUGGGAAAACACGACUACCUCUUCCGUGGGGACAAGCCAUCCAGUCUGGAUUGCCUUGCCUUUGGAUACUUGUCCUUGCUGUACUACCCGCCAGUGCCCCAGGCAUGGCUCAGAGAAACUCUCCAGACCAAAUACCCACGCAUUGUAGCAUACAUAGGUAGGCUGCAUGAGGAUCUAUUCCGCGGUGAACAGCUUCACACCCGGCCGCACCCUGCCCACUCAUACUCGAUAUAUCACUACAACACCGACGCCAACAUGCACCGAACAUACAGCAUGCGCCAAUCUCGCGCGCCUACGGCGUCGCAGAUUCAGAGCCCCCCGCCACCUGCGUCCUCGACCAAGAGCGGGCGCUUCUUUGGCAAGGCUAACAUUGGCCACACCUUCCGCCACAAGUCUGCCGGUGCCUUCGGACCUGACCUUGCGAAGAAGUUGUCACAACUUGUGAAGAUGGAAAAGAACGUCAUGCGCAGCAUGGAGCUGGUUUCCAGGGAGCGUAUGGAGGUCGCACAACAACUCUCCAUUUGGGGCGAAGCCUGCGACGACGACGUCUCUGACGUCACUGACAAGCUCGGAGUUCUCAUUUACGAAAUCGGUGAGCUCGAGGACCAGUAUGUUGACCGCUACGACCAAUACCGUGUCACCAUCAAGAGCAUCCGUAACAUUGAAGCUUCCGUCCAGCCCAGCCGUGACCGCAAGCAGAAGAUCACCGACCAGAUCGCUCAGUUGAAGUACAAGGAGCCCAACUCCCCCAAGAUUGUUGUCCUUGAGCAGGAGCUCGUACGUGCCGAGGCCGAGUCUCUGGUUGCCGAAGCCCAGCUUUCCAACAUCACUCGUGAGAAGCUCAAGGCAGCUUUCACUUACCAAUUCGACGCCAUGCGCGAGCACUGCGAGAAGCUGGCCAUCAUCGCUGGCUACGGAAAGCACCUCCUCGAACUUGUCGACGAUACACCAGUUACUCCUGGAGAAACCCGCCAAGCUUACGACGGCUACGAGGCUAGCAAGGCCAUCAUCCAAGACUGUGAGGAUGCUCUUACCAACUGGGUGUCCCAGAAUGCCUCCGUCUCCUCCAAGCUCUCCCAGCGAUCGCGCACCCUUUCUCAACGCCGCCGCAACCAGAACCGUAACAUGGGUGAGGGUGUCGACCUCUCCGGCCAAGACCAGGCUCUCGACAGGGAGUCUGGCCUAUGGAUCCCUGCCUCCGAGCACCAGGGCAACGGUUACGACGACCGUGAGGACCUUGAUGACGAUGUUAACUCGACCAUCGCUAGUGAGCAUCAGCGUGGUCGUGAGGACGAGAGGGUUGUUGCUGCUUAG